AUGGACGCUCGCAAGGCGUCUGCCUUGCAGCGUGCUGCUGUCCAAGAUGUCCGGUGGGGGAGCGAAGUCUGUGCUAAAGCCCGUGCUGCUAGACCUGGCGAGGCAAAAUUUGCUGUAUUGACAGCUGACCAGAUGAGAUUCGUAUUCAACAUUAUCAAGGGCAAGUUUUGGCGCAGCCUCUCCAAAGAAGAGAAGCAGAGCGUUGCGGCCAGCGACACCGUACCUAACUUUGCGAAGCUGCUACAGGUGAAGCAAAUGCUGCACUGGUGCAAGAAUGGUGGUGAAGCAGCCGCUCUCGUGCGCAAUAUCGUCGCACGCCUAGAUGCGACUUGGCCUGGAUUGAAAGCGGACGUUUUGAAGGACGAGCCAGGCGAAGGCUUGCUGGUAAGAUGCCUUGGGCAAGUCAGAGAGCAGGCCUGCCAAGAGGGCAAGCAGAGUGUGUCAUUGCGCGACUUGGACAGGGCAGUGUCUAUCGAAGGCACUCGUGCAAGACAGUACUUGGCAAAGAACGGGUACUCUGUGGGAAAGCUAGCUUGGCGGACAUUGCGGGGAAAGCGUAGAAGAGAAGAGGACGAGGCAGCCCAAGCUCGCCGGUCAGGCCGCCCGUCCAAAAUGACGCCAGACAUCCUAGCCAUGACCAAGGAGGCGCUGGAUGAGAACGCAAAGCCAGCCUCCAUGCCAGCGCACGUGACCCGUCACGAGGACGGUUAUUGUGGACCUCCUCAAUCCCGAGGUGACCGUGAAAAGGUGCAGCUAGUGCCAGGGCAGUCAUUGCUAGCCAAACCGGCGCAGAUAUACAGGGAGCACCCAGAGCUCAAGGCAGCGAUCAGCUUGACGACGUUCCGGAAAGUCAUGAAGGAGAAAUUUUCGGAGUACCGCCAAGGACAACGCGCCACAGACGUAUGCAGUCACUGUGUGACUUUUGCAGACCAGCUUGUCCCCAACUUCCAUCGCGACUGGGUUAAGAUCCAGUCCGAGCUGGAAUCAGCAUACCCUGGUUACUUCCGCAAGUUCCCACAAAAGCGGAAGUACGCGGAUGCCGCAGAGGAGGCGGAGGUUGCUUUGCGUUAUGUGGCCACACAUCAGGAGAAGUUCAGGGAGGAGCGUGCCCGCAGCGGACAGGACCUCCUGCAGCUCUCCUCNNCUGCUGAGGCAAAGUUGCGGGGCCAUCGCGCCUUGCUCCGCUCAUACCUGUGGCAUAAGCUGUCGGCCCGACGGCAGCACGCAGCGCUUGACAGUCUCAUGACAGCCAAAGGGCUUCCAGCUAAGGACUCUCUGAUAAUCGCAGAUUAUCGGGAGAAGCUGAGACUUCCCUUCGGACCGGUAGAAACUGGCGCAAUGUGGCACUGCCAACAGAAAUGGGCGAUAACAUGUUUGGGCCUUGUCCUUCUUAGACACUCUCCGAAGUCUACAGCUUCGAACCCCUGCCUCGAGCGAGUCUAUGCUAUGUACCUCACUGAGGUGCGGGAACAAGUGGCAGAGACCUCAAACAAGCUGCUGGCCGAAUUUCUAAAGGAGUGCAAGGUCAGCAAAGAAGGAGAGCUGCACAUCUUCACAGACUGUGGUCCGCAUUUCAGGGCCAGCGAGUGUCUCUAUCACCACAUGUAUGAAGUGGCUGCAGCAAGGCGACAACGAGUCACUGUAUCAUUUCUAGCCGAGCAACAUGGGAAAAGCAUCAUUGAUAGCCUUUUCGGGGUUACAGGCCUGAAAGGCGGCUGGCUUGGGGAUUGGGCUCGGACAAAGCCUGUCUACACCGUGUCUGACUUGGAGCGAGCUCUGAAGUGGGGAGCCGAGAGGGCCAUGAAAGCAGACCCAGCAGGCCCUAAGUGGAUAUGUCGGGUCGUGAACCUUGGCACUCAUCGCGACAAGAUUGCCCACUUCGUGAAAUCUGCUGAACUGAGGCUCACGAAAACGUAUUGCAUCACCAUCAAGCCGCCAGCGAGAGGUCGGGAAAACCCGGUGCUGUAUAACAGGGUGUUCACUGACAAUGCCCGACUUGGCGACUCAUGCAAUUACACGGCGUUUCAGGAAGACCGGGGCGACGUAGAGUGGAAGAUGUCGUAUUUUGAAGGAGAACGAAGCUGGGAUGCCCCAGCGCCGCAGCCAGGGGAGGAGACAGCCCUCUGUAGAAAAUACAAUCAGCAAAAUGCCAUCUUGCCACCUAGAUCCAUGAAGGCCUUGCGCACAUUUGAAGAGAGGGUUGCAGCGAAGCUGCGUCGUGCCCAGAAGAGCCGUGCGCGCGAG